CUCCAAUGACGUUAGAGGAAACUCCUCCCUCGAGGCACGCACGUUUUAGUCACUACCACGCUGCCAGCAGCACCACGAGGAGACAGCAGAGAGAGACGAUCAGCUCACACCAAAGACACUUAAGACUUUUACACUAACUCUCCCUCCUUCAGACAGCACAAUGGCAGAAGAAAAGAUCUCAAUAGAAGAUGUAAAGACGUCCAACGGUGAAGCGCACCAGGACGACCCGACCAUCGCCAACGGCUUGGGCGAUCACAAGAGGAGCGAGCCGGCGAGCACAGGGCAGAAGCUGAAACGCUUCGUCAUGGCCAAUCUGCUGGUCAUCCUGACGGUGUCCGCGGUCAUCGUCGGCGUGUUCAUCGGGCUCGGAGUGCGAAGCGCCGGGUUGAGCCGCACGCAGAUCCUUCACUUCGGAUUCCCCGGUGAGCUCCUCAUCCGCCUGCUCAAGAUGAUCAUCAUCCCUCUGGUGGUCUGCAGUCUGGUGUCAGGGGCUGCCAGCCUCGACCCCAAAGCCCUGGGCAAGCUGGGCGGCUGGGCGAUGCUCUUCUUUCUGGUGACCACUCUGAUCGCGUCUGCCAUCGGCGUUAUUAUGGCGUUCAUCAUACAGCCUGGCUCCAGCGACGGGAAAAAAAUAUCCAACCUCAACCAGGAUGACACGCAGGUUCCUGAAGCCAAAGAAGUCAUCGAUUCGUUUUUAGACUUGAUAAGAAACAUCUUCCCUUCGAACCUGGUAUCAGCUGCCUUUAAGUCGUAUGCCACUGGUUACAAGAAUAAAACUUUUAUCAUCUCGACCAACUUGACCACUGUGGAAAAGAUUCCAAAUGGCGAAGAAGUGGAUGGAAUGAACAUCCUGGGUCUCAUCGUUUUUGCUAUGGCGUUUGGUGUGGCCUUGAGGAAACUUGGAGAGGAAGGAGAGAUCCUUAUCAAGUUCUUCAACUCUUUCAAUGAGGCCACCAUGGUGUUGGUCUCCUGGAUCAUGUGGUAUGCACCCCUGGGUAUUAUGUUCCUGGUUGCUGGUAAGAUUGUAGAAAUGGAGGAUGUUGGCUUGCUGUUUGCUAGCCUGGGGAAGUACAUCGCCUGCUGCGUCAUUGGCCAUGCCGUCCAUGGUCUCCUCGUCCUUCCGCUCAUUUACUUCAUGAUUACACGGAAGAACCCAUACACUUUCUUGCUGGGAUUGGUCACUGCUUUGGCCACUGCCUUUGGAACGUCCUCUAGCUCUGCCACGUUGCCCCUGAUGAUGAAAUGUGUGGAGGAGAACAACGGUGUGUCCAAGCACAUCAGCCGCUUCAUCCUGCCCAUCGGAGCGACUGUGAACAUGGAUGGAGCCGCCUGCUUCCAGUGCGUAGCUGCGGUGUUCAUCGCUCAGCUGAACGGAAUCUCGCUGGACUUCGUCCAGGUCAUCACCAUCCUCGUGACUGCGACAGCGUCUAGCGUGGGUGCUGCUGGCAUCCCUGCUGGAGGGGUGCUGACACUGGCCAUCAUUUUGGAGUCAAUAGGCCUGCCCACCACCGAUCUGUCCCUCAUCUUGGCUGUGGAUUGGCUUGUCGAUCGCACUUGCACCGUCAUCAAUGUUGAAGGUGACGCCUACGGAGCAGGUCUUCUGCAGUAUUUUGUGGACCGCACUUCCAGUAAAGAAGGGGUGGAGCUAAAUAAAGUGCGAGUGGAGGACAAAGACCCCGCCUCCAAGCCAGAAAGUUCUCCUCUCAUCGAGAAACAGGGAAACCUUGAAUUGGAAGAGCUCGCUGGACAGAAAUCCUGUGAAGAGUAUUCCGUCAUGUAGACUUGCACAAUAUUUCAACAAACUUUCCUUCACGACCUGUCUGAUCUCAUUAAAUCAGUCUCUGCAUCCACGCAGUGACCAUGAGAGAUACAGGUUUAGAUUAAGACAGGACAAAGACUACAUCUCUUUGACCCUCCUCUAUGCCCAUCUCUUUAUGAAAGGAGUCUGCCAAAACGUGUGCACACUUAGAUGGAAAAUGCUUGAACAAUUAUUUAUUAGAUGCUGGUCAGACAUUUUUUUUUCCUCUUUUUUUUUAAUGUUUGAUUUACUCCUUUUAUAUAAAAAAAAAUAGUCCGGCCUUUUAAAAUAAUCUAUUUAUAUUACUAUUAUUAUUACACAUGCCCAUUAUAGUUCUGAUUAUUUGCUGUUGAGUUAAACCUCAGAACACCCUUUUCAUGCAAAACAUCUCCUAAUAAGCCAAAGCAACCGCAGAAUCUCUCUGCAUCUUUCAAACACACCAAAUAUAUUGUUUUAGAUGGUUUUAUGGUCCGUUAUGCUGAAAUACCUCAUUUGUGCUGAUUCCCUUUAUACCACCUUAGGCUCCUCAGAUGUAGGUCCAUCUAACAGGUUGCUAAUAACUUCACUAAACUUGCUACUAGAGGAGCCAAAAGAAUGCUGUAGGAAGCUUGACUGACAGUCAAGAGACAACAUCUUACCUUCCGCGGCUUUGUCUUUAUACAUUUUACGGCAGGCUCUUUGGGGUCAAGUUGUAUCCUAAGGUUAGACAGGAAUGUAAACACAAUGAUAUAUGGGUCACAUGCAAAGUACUCCUUGUCUUAAAACUCCGAGGCUGUUUGGAUAAGAGCCUUGAAGCCUGCAGGUGAGGGAGUUCUCUAUGUGGAAGUUGAUAAGCAACUGAGGUCAAGAGGUGUAAACAGAUCCGUUUAAGAAGAAAGCCAUAGAUUAGAGCAUGAUCAAGACUGGAACUGAGACUUUUUUUUAUUUUGUAUUGAAGCUAGAAUAAGGAACUUGUGUAGGAACAUGUUGGAUGUGUUAAAAUGUUUGGGUUUCUCUCUCUUUUUUAAUGUGUUUUUUUGUGUACAAAAACAAAACAAAACAUCCUUUUUUUGAGAAAUGAAGUAUCAAUUUUGUUUGCUUUUUGAAAGUAUACUUCUGAGAUCUUUUUUUUUUCUAUGUAUAUUAUUGCAGAAGAGAACAAAUAUAAAAUGCGUGUCAUUUUCUAAAGAUGGUUAACUUUACGAGGAGAAAUCAGGCAGAGUAUUCUGCUAACACCAUUAACUGGUGAAUGUUUAACUGUAACGAGUACUUGAACUGGAUUACUUAUUCAGUUUAUAUAUAUAUAUAUGAAAGCAGAAGGAAGGUAUCGGGCGACAGGGUGAGAGACAAUUGCCAUUGUACUGUAUGUUGACCAAAUGUUAGUCACUAUGAUGAGAAGAACGACUUAAUAGCCCAUUUUUGUAGAAAUCAGUUUGACUUCUAGUUGAUUGAUGAAAGGUUAAAUCUGACCAAAGAAACAUUUCUCAUUUUUCAUAUUAAUUUAACAACAUACAUUCUUAAAAUAUGGCGUUUUGGUGCUCAUAAUCUGCAUAAUUAACAGUCUCUCAUUUCUGUUCUGUUCUAUGCUCAAGCUGUAUUUCAAAUCUCACAGAUGUUCUGCGUGACUGACAUCACUCCUUUAAAAGCCAGUACUGUAAAGGCUUCUCAUUCCAGGCGGCUGUAGCGUAGCUGCCCUGCUGAUGUGGAUAUGUGUCCGUGUGCAAGUUUUAUGUGUGGUUGUCAUAAAUGGUUGUUUGAUGCCAAAACCAGUGAAUGUACUCCACACAGACUGCAAUAAAGUCUUUUUAAAAUAAA